AUGUCAAGCAGAAACGAAAAUAAAGGACCAAUUCCACCACGGUGGCUUCAUUGUCCACGGAAAGCAGUGAAAUUGAUUCAGAAUAAAUUUCUCGCAUUCAAAACUCCUUUGUCAUCUGCAUUUGACAGCCAAGUGCCAGAAGAAUGCCGUUUCACAGUGGACAUGUUAUUCGCGUCGUUGAAGAGUCAGAAAAUAAAGCUAGGCCUAUGGAUUGACUUAACCAACACCACGAGAUUCUACGACAAGAAAAGCUUAGAAGCUUAUGGUUGCAAGUAUUUGAAGUUGUCAUGUAGAGGUCAUGGUGAAACCCCGUCUGAGGAACAGACUAGAACUUUUAUACGAGUUUGUAAGAAUUUUAUAUCGUAUAACCCGUUGGAGGUUAUCGCUGUUCAUUGCACACAUGGUUUCAAUAGAACUGGCUUCCUUAUAAUUAGUUAUUUAGUAGAAACUGAUGGAACUAGUGUUGAUGCUGGUUUAGUAGAAUUUGCCGCUGCAAGGCCACCAGGCAUAUAUAAAGCUGACUAUAUUCAAGAACUCUUCCGAAGAUAUGAUGAUGUGGAGGAUGCACCUGAUCCAGCUCCUAGACCUGCAUGGUGUUUAGAAUAUGAUGACUCAAAUGUAGAGGAUACGGAUGAAGGUCCUAGUACAGACAGUGAUAAUUAUAAUCAAGAUGUAUCUAAUAAGAAGAGAAAACGUGAAUUUAACAACAAGAAUCCAGUAUUUAUGGCUGGUAUACCUGGAGUAACUCCUAUUUUGGAAGACAGAAAAUUAAGUGGUAUACAGAGAUGUGUUCAAGAUAUUUGUUCUUGGAAAUCAACUGGAUUUCCAGGUUCUCAACCAAUUUCUAUGGAUGAAGAUAAUAUUAGGCUGUUACACGAGAAACCUUAUAGAGUUUCAUGGAAAGCAGAUGGCACCAGGUAUAUGAUGAUGAUUCAAGCAGAUGGAGAAAUUUAUUUUGUAGAUAGAGAUAAUAGCGUAUUUCAAGUUAAUGGAAUGACUUUCCCACAUCCAAGAGACAUAUCUAGAACUCUUAAAGAUACAUUGUUGGAUGGUGAAAUGGUGAUUGAUAAGGCAGAUGGUAAAGAGUAUCCAAGAUACUUAGUCUAUGAUGUGGUAAUGUACGAUGGCAAAGAUGUUAGUAAAUUGCCAUUCUAUCCUGAUCGUUUUUGCAUCAUUGAGCAGAAAAUUGUAGCCGGUAGACAUAGAGCAAUGAAGGAAGGAAAAUUGAGAAAAGAAAUCGAACCUUUUUCGGUUCGAUUGAAACAAUUUUGGGAUAUAACACAAGCAGCUAAUUUAUUAAGUGAUAAAUUUGCUAAACAACUAGGUCAUGAGCCUGAUGGUUUGAUAUUUCAACCUGCUAAAGAAUCUUAUUAUCCAGGACCUUCUCCAGACGUUUUAAAAUGGAAACCCUUAUCGCAGAAUUCUGUUGAUUUUAGAUUAAAGAUAAUCACAGAAUCUGGAGAAGGAAUUCUUCCCAAAAAAGUUGGAUAUCUGUAUGUAGGCGGUAUGAAAGAGCCCUUUGACAAAAUGAAAGUGAAUAAACAGAUAAAAGAAUUAAAUAAUGCAAUAAUUGAAUGUAAAUUUGAGAAUGGUCAGUGGGUGUUCAUGCGUGAAAGAACUGAUAAAUCAUUUCCUAAUUCAUACAAUACAGCUCAGUCUGUAUGCAAAAGUAUUAUAAAACCCAUAACCACUGAUCGACUUUUAGAUUAUAUUAAUAGGCAUCGAUUUUUGCAAGAUGAUUCUGAUCUUAUGCCACCACCAAACAAAAAACAUAGAACUGUUCUGUUAUGGUACACAAAAGAAUUGACAGUAAAAGAAAAGAGAUCGCUACGUGUUAAUAUAGAAUUUGAUCAUGCGACUUUAGUACGCUGGUCUCCUGACGGCAAAGCUUUCCUCAUACAUAAAGCUGUAGCAAAUACUAUUGAAGUUUAUAAAAUCUCCAAGAAACCAGAUGGUACUUUAGCUUCAGCAAUUAAAGCUUUAGAAUUUACGAAGCGGCAUAUUGAAGAUGUUGUUGGCAUGGAUAUUGCAUCUACAGGAAAGUACAUUAUUACAUGCAGUAAACUAAAUGAUCUUGUAGUAUGGGAUCUUAAAGGACAAGUGCUUGCAACUAUAGAAUUGCAUCUUGGAUCAACUUACCGAGCACGAAUAUCACCCUGCGGACGUUUUAUCGGCACAUCCGGAUUUACUCCAGACGCAAACAUGUGGGAAGUAAUAUUUAGUAAAUCAGGAGAAUUCAAACAAGUAGCAAAAGCUUUUGAUCUUGGUGGUCAUUCAUCUGGAAUACUUGAUUUUACUUUUAGUGCUGAUAGUAGUUGUAUGGCUACUGUAUCGAAAGAUGGAACUUAUCGUCUAUAUGACACAAAAAUUGAAUUUGAAAAAGGAGAAGAUCCUCACUUACUUCAAACUGGACCAUGGGAAAAUACAACAACGGCUAAUAUUGCACUAUCUCCUAAUACAGAAGUGUUAGCGAUAGCUCAUGGAUCUUCAUUAAGUUUUUAUUCUACAAUUACUGGCCUGUUGGAUGCUACUAUAGAAGAUAUUUUUCUAGGACCUAUUACAUGCCUAACUUUUGAUGCUGUGGGAGAAUAUAUUUUAGUCGCUGGAGAUAAACAUACAAAAGUUUUCCAAAAUAUUACUGGCUAUCGAGUAGCAAUCGAAUCUGCAACACGUAAACUUACGCAGAAGCAAACGUCGGCUACAAAAGAACGUUUAAAAAAACUUAUUGAAGACAACAGAAAAUUUCUACAAGCAGUGGGAGAAAAGUGUCCUUAA